GUUGAAAAAUGAUGUCCGGGGGAUACAAAUCAUCCGGAGUGGGCAAUGAUCGAUCUCAACGUUCAGUUUUCGUUGGAAACAUUAGCUACGAUGUAUCCGAAGACACGAUUCGCUCCAUUUUUUCAAAGGCAGGAAAUGUGUUGUCGAUCAAAAUGGUUCACGAUCGGGAGACCGGAAAGCCAAAGGGAUACGGAUUUAUUGAAUUUCCAGACAUUCAAACCGCCGAAGUUGCAAUUCGAAACCUUAAUGGUUACGAGCUGAGUGGACGUAUUUUGCGAGUCGACAGUGCUGCUGGUGGAAUGAAUAUGGAAGAAUUCGGCUCAUCGAGUAAUGCUCCAGCUCCUGUCGAAGAGAAUCCGUAUGGUCCAGAGUGUGAUGCUGGAAAAGCACCGGAGAGAAUCUCCCAAACAGUCGCCUCCCUGGCUCCGGAGAAAAUGUUCGAACUAAUGAAGCAACUGCAAGAAUCGCUGAAGAACAAUCCAUCGGAACUACACAAAUUCCUGGUCGAGCAUCCACAAAUCGCCUACGCGGUGCUCCAAGCCGCCGUUGUCAUGCGAAUCGUUGAUCCACAGACUGCACUUGGACUCCUUCAUCGUAAUAAGGCCGCCACGCUGACACCAUUCCAUAAUACACCUCAAGGAGCACCGCCAAUGGUUCAGCAACAACAGAUGCCGAUGCCACCGAAGCCAACAUUUGCUCAUCCUGGCCCAUCUAUGGGUCCUCCGAUGGGACCACCUAUGGGUCCACCUAUGGGACAUCCGCAAGCUCCUCAAUACGGUCAAAAUUACGGGCAACCAGUGGCUCCACAGCAGUACAAGCCACCGCCACAGCAGCAGCCACCAGUUCAGAUGAGACCUCCAGUUCAGCAGCCACAACAAAAUCAUCAAGAAGAGCAGCAAAAUGCGGAGCUUCUGAUGCAAGUCAUGCAGCUCAGCGAGCACGAUCUUCAGAUGCUUCCUGCUGGGGAUCGUGAGAAGAUAAUAGAGCUGAGACAGCAGUUGAAGAGAAAUGUCAAGUAAAUAUGGAUCUCGUCUCUCGAGUAUUUGUGCUUUUAAUUCUAAUUUUUCCGUUUUGUAACUAUCGAUUUCAUGAAGAUCACAU